GGAACUGUUACUAAAUUAUCCGUUAAAGUCGUGACAUGUUACACGUUCGUUUUCAAUACGGUGAAAUAUAGCUCGUAAUUUAUCUGUGAAGACAAUCACCGCGGGAAGACAAGGUUCAUGUCACCUCCAGUGAAUCAAAAUGUGGAUUUCCAAUGAGUUUGGGUUCCUGUUUCUUACAGCUUUAACAUUGAGUUAUCUGAAUUUAUACGAAGCCUUCGAAACAAGAUCGUGUAAUGAACCACUCGGAAUGGAAUCUGGCACCAUUCCUGAUGAGGCCAUUACUGCCAGCUCCUCUUAUGUUCCUAAUGUUGGUCCUCGAAACGGCAGAGUUCGGGUAGAGAAAGCAGGGGGAGGAUGGUGUCCAAAACAACAAGUGGAAAGAGGAAUUAGAGAAUAUCUACAAGUAGAUUUGGGGGAGGUUCACGUUGUCACGGGAGUACAAACUCAAGGGAGGUAUGAUAGAGGUCGAGGUCAAGAAUAUGCCGAAGAGUACACGGUUGAAUAUUGGCGGCCGGGUUUAAAUGAAUGGAAGGAAUACAAGCGAUGGGAUAAUAAACAGAUAUUGCGGGGAAAUAGUGACACCGCUUCUGUGGAAAGUCAGCGUUUAAUGCCUCCAGUGUUCGCAAGCAAAGUGCGAAUUCUGCCCUACAGUGUCCACAGGAGAACUGUUUGCCUCCGAAUUGAACUUCUGGGAUGUCCGUAUGAAGGCGGAAUUAUAUCCUACAGCAUUCCCGAAGGCUCAGAACCAUCUCAGGGACUAUAUGACAGUUCUUAUGAUGGUACUCGCAACGAUGGGAUAUUAGAAGGUGGUUUAGGUCGUCUUGUAGAUGGCGAGUUUGGUGCCGACAAUUUUAGAUUAGAUAUCGGCUACGGCAAAGGUAAUGGAUGGAUUGCUUGGAGGAAUGACACUAGUGUUAAUGGCUACGUCGAACUUACGUUUGAAUUUGAUCAAAUAAGAAACUUCAGCGAAGUUCAUUUAUUCACAAAUAAUUUUUUUAGCAGAAAUGUUCAGGUUUUCUCCAAAGCGAAAGUGAUGUUCAGUAUCGGAGGACGUUUCUACAAUGGCCCAACACUGUCCUAUUCAUACAUGCCAGAUCGAGUGCUGGAAAAUGCCCGGAACGUCUCCAUUAAUCUUCAUCAAAGACUCGCUCGUUUCAUCAAACUGCGUCUGUUUUUCGCGGACCGCUGGAUGAUGCUCAGCGAAGUAGCCUUUGAUUCUGUGCCUGUCGCGUUCAAUAUUUCCGAAGAGGAAACUCUUGAUCUUAGUGAAAACGAACUUGUAAUUAGUUCAGCCGGUGGAAAUACAUUGGAUGCUUUUGAAACAAUUGCAGCUCGCAAAGAAGGUGAUACAUACGUGGAAAUAAUCAUAGGUGUAUUAACGGCAAUAAUAUUAUUACUCUUAGUAGUUUUUGUGAUAAUUUUAAUACUUAACAAAAGACAUAAACUGCAAGGGUCGCCAACCUUGCUUAAAAACCCUUUUGGUGUCACCAUAAACAUGAAGGAUUUGUUGAUGAAUUUGUCAUCGAGUAACAACGCGGCUCAGAGCAGCCACCCAACUCCAGUGAGUCAAGAAGCGCCAGGAGAUUCUUCGUCUGUUUCUUUCGAACAGUAUCGAUCACCGCUUGUGGGAAAUUAUUAUACACCAAACUAUGCAACGUUGAGGUGUUCGUCAACAAUGGAAGAACCGGAAGAGCCUCCGGAAGUACCUCCGUUACCCGAUUCACCAACACUACAUCAAAGUCCCAUUUCAGCAUCGUCUCCUCUCCACUACAGAAGUUUACAAAGCACGCCAGCAAUAAGUCCAAAGUCAAAGAUGAUUAAUUUAGGAAAUUAUUUUCCGAGAGUUGCCACUGAUCCACCAAAUCGGAAACGAUAUCACACAGCGCCGAGGGAGAAACACAGGAUACCACCGCCAGUUGUGUGUUGGAACAUAGCUCCUAGCAUGGGUCACGCUUACAGUUGCAGAGAAGCGGAAUUAGUACCGAUACCGCGAUAUUCUCUCCGGCCGUUGGAAAAAGUCGGAUCUUGUCACGCCGGAGAGAUCACCCUCUGCGAAACGGAAGGUUUAGAGGAUAUAAUUCCGGGCGUUUGUCGUUUAGUGGCUGUCCGAACACCGAGUCCGGAAAGAGCGAAAAGUGAUGCUGCGACAGGCUCAAUGGAAUCACUUCGAGAAGUUCGCUUCCUCGCCAGCUUAUCUGAUACGAAUAUUUGUAAAGUUUUGGGAGUUUGUACGGCCGAACAGCCACCCUGGACCGUCAUUGAAUACGGUGAAAUGGGAGAUCUAGCUCAGUAUCUGCAGUUUCUCGUCAAUAGAAAUGGCACWGUUCGGUCUUCGACCGAUCAACCCGUAAGCGUGGAUAAUCUGAUCUACAUGGCCAGCCAAAUAGCUUCCGGAAUGAAGUAUCUCGAAAGCAAACAUGUAGUUCACAAAGAUCUGGCUGCUAGGAACUGCCUCGUUGGUAGAAGAUUUGUAGUUAAAAUAGCAGACGUAGCGAUGUGUAAACCCCAAUAUAAGAAAGAUUAUGCCGAAAUUGGCGGUCGGCCACCUGCUCCCAUUCGUUGGUUACCCUGGGAGAGCAUUCUUCUCGAUCGAUAUUCAUGCUCAAGCAGUGUUUGGGCGUUCGCUGUCACUUUAUGGGAAAUUCUCACUUUUGCAUGCGAACGACCUUUUAGUAAUUUGUCCAAUGAGAAAGUCAUACAAAACGCUGAACACAUGUAUUACGGAGGCGAGCUACAGGUCUUGUUAAGCAAGCCUCCCAUCUGCUCAACAGAAAUAUACGAAGUUAUGUGUCAAUGCUGGAAGAGGGACGACACUGAAAGACCCACAUUUAAGGAGAUUUGUUUGUUCUUGAAACAUCACAAUAAAGAUUACACUCCCAACGACUGAUAUAAAAGCGCAGAUGAUAUUUUGAAAGCGGAUAAGUAGGUACGCAGGGUGAUCAAAAUAUAAUUUCGAUUUAUCCAAACAGUGUUAACAAAAUCUAUAAAUAAAAAAAACAACGAAAAAAAAGCAAGAAUAUAAAAUCUUGAAACAUUUUCUGUAUAAAAUAAUACAUAUGAUAACAGCAAACCAGCCCAUAGUUAACUUGAACUACAAAUAUUAUAAACACUGUAUAUCUAAAAAUAUGUAUCGCUGAAAUAAUUACGCUAUAAUGUGCUUUUAGAACUGAAGCAGGGUUUGAUUUGUUAAACAAUUGUCGUGAUAUUACAUAUAUUCUAAAACUAUUUUCUGAAGCAAUAAAUGAAAUAUUAUUUAACUAAUUUAAAUAAAUCACAAGUUACAAAUAAAGCUAUACUUAGAACUGUAAAACAUUUUUUUAUACUUAAUUUGACGGCGACCCGUAGACAAGACUAUGAACAAACCUUUGGCAGAAAAGUAACACAAUGAGUUAUUCUAAGUUAGAUAUAAAAUUUAGAUUUGAUUCGAGGUGUGUCGAUACUGUCGAUGUAAGUAAGUAGUUUUGAUCACCCUGUAUUAAAAUAUAAUUAGUAAAUUGCUGCACAUUCUAUAAAAUUAUGUAAAUAUCUAUAGUGACUCUAAUACAAUAAAUUAUAAAUUUAAAACGAUAUUGAGUUAAAUUGCAAUAUUUAUCUCGCCACAUUAUGCUAAAUUGUAUGGGUUCAUAAAUACAAUAAUUAAUGAAUUCACAAUGAAUUAGAUCAAGCAUUUGAUUAAUUUUAGCAACAUUGUUAGAAUCGGACACAUUUAUAAAUUAAUGUAUAAUAAUUAAAAAAGCUGGGAAUAUUCUACUCGUCCCGAUUGUUUGAAUAUAACUAUUGUCCUACAUGCUAUUAAUAAAAACAUAUUAUCUGUGAUGGUUAUUGAGGACUUGACCUAAAAUUUGAGACAGCCCACAAUUUUACUAAUUAAUAAAUAACCCACUUAAUUUAGCAUACUGUAACGCCAAGUGCUUCCAUUAUUUCUUAGAAAAUGUUGAAAUAAUAAAUAUAAACAGGUUUUCUUAUUGAACUAUACAUAGUUGCAAAUAAUUUGGCACAAAUAAAUUUAUAAAUGAGAUCCAAUUACAAAAUUUCCAAGAUUGGCAAUUUAUUUUACAAUAUUUUUUCCAUCUAUCACACUGUAUAAUUCAAGACUGAUACACAGAAAUUCACGAAAUCUUUAAUUACUAUCUUCAAUUUCUCAAAAGUUGCAUCAUACCUUGCAACAAACUUUUUUCGUCAAAAUGCUUAUUGUUAUUUUCUCGGAAAAAUUUCAUUUCGACGACAAUCAGAUAAAUUCAGUAUUGGAAUGAUAAAUAUAAAUAAAACACAGAAGUUAUAAUAAUAAAUAAUGUAUUUGAUGUUGUAUUGAUUUGAUAGAUAAAUCUUUUGUACCAGUUAAAAUAAUUUUAUACAAAAAAAUGGACCAAAACACAAAAAAAUAUAUUGUAGAUACUUAAAUAAAUAAUACGCAACAACAAAUUAAAUAUUGAGCAAAUAGAACGUAACAUAAAAUACAUAUGUGUUUAUAAAACAUGUUUUGAAGUAAUCCAAAGUACCUACUACACAACUGAAUUGUUUUUAGAAUUAAGUUUGUAAAAAAUAUUGCUCGAAAGUAUCUAAUACUUAAUAUGUUAGUACGGAACUAAUGCAAUAUAAACUCAACAAAUUUCACAUAAUUUACUUUCUUUACCAGUUACUCAGCUCAGGUCAAGGCCUUACAUAGGUGGCCUUGGAUUCGCUGCUCACUGUCUCAUUAACUACUAAUUUUAAAAAAUUAGAUGCUUUUGAGCUGAUUCUUUAGCAGAUCAAUGCACAGAAUAAUAGGCUAAAUACAAUCGCUUAAAAUUUCAAAUGUUCAAAAACUUGUAAAUAUAUGAACUGUAUUAUUUACAACUUUAAAAAAUAAACUUAUGUU